AACGAGUCAAGUGAUUCUGAGCAGGGCCUGGAAGGUGCUGUGGAACAUUCUGAUGAAGCUUUACAGAAAAAUAUAAAAUCAGACUCUCCUAGCCCCCAGAGGGUACAAAGACCUCACUCUUCCUAGUUGUGAGGCAAGCAACUUUAUUACCAUGUGCUCUCCACCAUGAUGUGCUGCCUCACUACUGACGCAAAGGCAUGGAUCCAGCUGGUUAUGGACUGACUUUCCAAAACUCUAGUCCUCUUCGAUUUGUGACAGUAGAAGAACUUUUGGAGACAACAAAAGGAGUCACCAACAUGGCUCUAGCCCAUGAAAUCGUGGUAAAUGGAGACUUUCGGAUUAAGCCAGUUGAACUACCAAAGGACAGCUUGGAGAAGAGAGUGAAGGAGAUUGUACAUAAAGCUUUUUGGGAUUGCCUGAGUGUCCAGCUAAGUGAAAAUCCCCCAACGUAUGACCAUGCCAUCAAACUUGUGGGAGAAAUCAAAGAGACACUUUUAUCUUUCUUGCUGCCUGGUCACACUAGACUGAGAAACCAGAUAACAGAAGUCUUGGAUCUGGAUCUAAUAAAGCAGGAAGCAGAGAAUGGAGCCCUAGACAUUUCUAGGCUGGCAGAAUUCAUUAUUGGCAUGAUGGGGACACUGUGUGCACCUGCUCGAGAUGAGGAAGUUAAGAACCUAAAGGACAUUAAGGAAAUAGUGCCCCUUUUCAGGGCAAUGUUUGCUGUGCUGGACCUAAUGAAGGUGGACAUGGCCAAUUUCGCUGUCACCAGCAUCAGACCCCACCUCAUGCAGCAGUCGGUUGAGUACGAGAGGAAGAAGUUUCAAGAACUGUUGGAGAAGCAGCCAGAUUCCCUGGACUUCGUCACCCAGUGGCUAGAAGAAGCCUCUGCUGACCUCAUGAUUCAGAGGUACAAACACACCCUGCCAGCCAGCGGGGAGGCUGCCAGCUCCAAGGAUGCCCUUGUUCCGAGUGCUGUCUCCAUCCAGAACUACGCGUACCUGAAACUGCUGAAGUGGGACCACCUCCGCAGACCUUUCCCUGAGACAGUGCUGAUGGACCAGGCGCGUUUCCAAGAGCUCCAGGGGCAGCUAGAGCUGCUGACGGUCUUGGGGGCCGUGUUGCUGGUCACGUUCAGCAUGUCGGGCCCUGGAGUCUCCAGCCGGGCUGACUUUGUUGAGAGACUCAAGACGAUUGUGAAGGUCCUGCUGACUGACAUGCACCUGCCCACCUUCCUCCUGGACGAGGCCCUGACCACCAUUGGGGAGAAAGUGUGCCUGGAGCUGAGUGGCUGCCUUGCGCUGUGUGGGUCCCCCGCCUUCUCCAUCGACAAGGAGACCGUGCUCAAGGGCCAGAUCCAGGCCGUGGGCGGCCCUGACGACCCCGUCCGCAGGAUCACGGAAUCCCGAAUCUUGACCUUCUUAGAAACCUACCUUGGCUCAGGUCACCAGAAGCCAUUGCCCACAGUGCCUGGGGGACUGGGUCCAGUUCAAAAAGAGCUGGAGGAACUUGCUGUGAAAUUUGUUCGCCUGGUCAACUAUAACAAGAUGGUCUUCUGCCCCUACUAUGAUGCAGUCCUCAGUAAGCUCCUCCUCCGGUCCUAAAGCGCAGGCACCCUCCAGCAGAAGUAUUGGUCACCGGCCCCAGAACACCUGAGCUCAGUUCUACCAUUGCUUUAGAAAAUGGCUAAAUAGUACAGUUCUGUCUAACAGCCUUGAUUCGACAGGGAAGAAUAUUGUGUAUCACCGGUGAAAAGACUCGUUGAAGAAUGCACUGAAUUCUAUUUUGAGAGAUUGUAUUUAUGAGUGCAAGUUUACAGAUCAAAGAAGCUUUUUGUUAUCUUGAGUUUUAUAGGUAACACUCAGCUUUUUAGCAGUUGACCGCUGUGUCCCCAUGUUACCCCAUAGAGACUGCAGUGGCUGCGUCCUCCCAAGGAGGCUGGGACCCCUGCUCUGCUUGCUAGCUGGCUGGCCCAUGCUGACUCCCACCAAGAGUACAAGAGACUAAGCCAUGACUUUACUUCUUGCCCCUCCCUUGCAAGCCCCCUCUCCUCUUCUCUGCAGGUAUUUAUGAUAGAAGGGCUGUAUGUAUAAUGUUACUGCCCCACCUCACCCCAGUGGCUUCUGCCAUACCUGGCCUAGCCAGGGCCCUGGAGCCCUUUUCUUUUAGAGCAUAGACAAACUGGGGCAUAGUGGCACGCCUGCAGUGCUGCAGUCCCAGCUACUUGGGAGGCUGAGGCAAGAUGAUGAUUUGGGCCUAAGAGUUCAGAGCGAGCCUGGGCAAUAUAGAGACUCUGUCUAAAAGAAAAACUUAUUCUUUUUUACAGUAUUACUGUGCCUAAACCUGGAUGAUAGCAGUUUAGUCCUAUGGGAUCUAAAGAAAGGAAUUUUAUUUGUUAGCCUGGAAAGUUAAGGGGGAAAUUUUAAAGAUAGGUAUUUAUGUAUGUAUAUAUAAAUAAAUAAAUAAACACACACACACACACACACACACACACACACACACACACGCACAGUUCAGUGUAAUAGGAAAUGUCUGGGGUUUUUAGGGCCGAGGAUCCAGCUCAGUGGUGCUGCUCCUGCCUGGCAAGCAUAAGGUCCUGAGAUCCUGAGUUCAAUUCCCAGUACCAAAAAAAAAAGUAUAAUAUACAGAUGUGUUGAUUGAAUUUGAAUUCUGAAACUAGAUUGAAGUAUUUUUAGGUAAAAUAGCUCAAUCUCACUAAUCUAGAUGAAGUUUUAGAAUAGUCCCUGGUAUUUGGGUAGUAAUUUUCAAGGAACUUCGGUGACUGGAAUUACCAACAUGCCCUGUGACUAUAAUUUGAGUCUUACAGGUGACCUGCUAAAAAAAUAAAUAAAAUAUGUAUAUAUGUAUGUGUGUUUUAGGCCAGGGAUAUAAGCAGAGCCAUGGAGUCUUUGGAAUGAUCUCCACCUGUCAGAACUGUAAGGGGUAAAAUAAUGUGUUAAUCCCUAUAUUAAUGCCGAUGGGCUGGGGUGAAAGGGUGAGGAACAUUUAUCCUCUGACUGUCCAAGGGUUCCUGGCUUGAGGAGAGUGAGUGGCUAUGAGGGAUGUGAUCUCUCCAAAUAUGUGCUACUGACCUGACUCUAAUGCUGCUUUUGACUUGUGGUCAGAGGGUAUGACACAUGAUGUGGUCAGAAAGUCAAUGAAUUUAGACUCAAGGACAGAUUUUCCCUGGUUUCUUUUUUUUUUUUUUUUGGUACCGGAGAUCGAACUCGGGUCCUUGCACUUUCGCAGCAGGUGGCGAAACCACUGAGCUAAAUACCCAGCCCUUUCCCUGGUUUCUUUAGGAUGAAAGUUCAGUAAGAAAAACACAGAUGCUCACUCAGCAGGACUGAGGGUAUAGCUCAGUGGUGCAGCACGGACUGCUGGCCUAGUAUGUGUGAAGUCUUGGAUUUUGAGUCUCAGUAUGGAAAACAGUCAUUCAGUUAGAACAGCACAUAAAGACUUUUGGACAAAAAAGUAGAAGAAACUUGGAAGUGAUUUCAAAAGGUCCCAGGAAGACCAGAAGCUAUUCCUGAGCAACCGGGGACAAGAGGCCACAUUUCACUGUGGUGAUUUUGGUUUUUUGUUUUGUUUUUUGAGGCAGGGUCUUCAUAUAUAGUCCAGGCUGGUCUUGAACUCACAGUGUCACCCAGGCUGCCCUUGAAACUUGCAGCGGUUUCUCCUGAUUCAGCCUCCUAAGGGCUAGGAUUACAGGCCUGCACCACCACACCUGUCUGAUUUUGGUUUUUGAAGGAAGACUAAAAGAGCUGGCUGGUUUGGCCUCUAGAGCAUAGGUAUUACAAUAAUGCAGGUCAAAGGGAAGAAAGGUACUCGGUGAAGUUUCAGACUAGGUAGUAUCAGAAUAUGUUUUCCUUUGGUUAAUGUUUGAAUUGCUGUUGGUGCCAGGGUUUAUACAGAGGACUUAGAUCUGGUUGUAGGAAUUCAGGGGGAGAUUAUGUGUAAGCAGAUGAGCCAUGAAAUUACUUGCAAUGUUAAAAAAAAAAAAAGUAGAGGCAGAUAAGCUAUAUCUUUAGGUCCUUGGAGAAUCUGGGGUCACUGUACACUGGCAGACAGGCCAUAAUUUAGGUGAAAGUAUUUUUAAAGAAAAAAAUCCAUCCUUUAUAAUUACCUCAAGGUCACUUCUGGAUCAUUGCUUUGAGCCGGAGGUAUGUUUGUGGUUAUUAGCGAACAAAUUGGGUUCUGGAGCCAAGAAGCCGGGUCACCCAGGGACAGCAUGCUGCUGGCCCAAACCUCAGCACUGGGGGUGCUUGCUCCCCUCCAGGGUGGGCAUGUCACCCACUGCAAAGGAGCAACAACACUUGGACUCCACCUCUCGAAGCACUCUUCCUAAAUCUGAAACUCUUCUUAAGAGUUAAUUCUUACAAGCCAUUAUUGCUCAUGGGUUCCUAAAUUGACAGCGCUGAGUUUGUUUGUUUGUUUAUUUUUGGUACUGGGGAUUGAACUUAGGACCUGGCACUUGUGAGGCAAGAGCGGUGCCACUGAGCUAAAUCCGUGGCCUGACAGCCCUGAGUUUGGACAGUUUGAAUCUUGAUGCUCAGAGUAAGCAGCAUCAUGGACCCUCAGCCCAGGCCCAUCUCUGUGCCCACUACUGGAGUUCCUCAGCCAGCAUGAGCUAAGAAUGAAGAUUCUUGGAAACAAUAUGUAGAAUCACAGUAUUCGUGUUGAAUUGUUUUGUUCUUGCUCUAUGAAGAUAAGUGAGCUAAUUUUCUUUCUGGUCUCAUAGCAAUGUCACCAAGGGCCAGGAAAACCCACUUAGUUCAUUUAGUCACUCAGGCAGUGUUAUGAAGAUGUACUUGAAACCUCCCCCUACAGCUCUCUCUCCAAGACAAACAUCCUUUGGAGUAAUCCUUCUUCUGAAUUAAAUUGGUUCUUGUACUUCGUAAUAAUGGGAUUUGACUUGAUUUCCUGCCUAAAAGGUUUGUGGAGACAAGUGUCUUUGCAGAGAUUGUUGCUUGGGUGGCUCUGUACCACAGGUGGAGAGGGCUGGGUGCCUGGGGAGUCAGGUCAGGAACAUGGGGCUCUCAGCUUCAAUGAAUGGAGGGCAGUAAAGAGCAGUAACUACUUCUUUGUUGGCUUUCAUUUUGGUGAUAGAUUCUCAGUCUAGGCAUUUGUAAAGUUCACUCCUCUUAAAGCAGGCUUCAAAAUGUGAUUUAUGUAUAACCAUAUAACUAUAAAUAUACAACAGGUAUGAACUGCACUGACAGGAUAUUUGCUAAUUAAAUGUGGUAGGUAGAUGUAUAAGAAUUUUUUUUUCUAUGAAGAAAAGUUAUUAAAAGGCUUAAAUAGGCAUAUUAAGAUCCUUUGAAUCAGGAUCUUGUACACAUUCCUGCUAUUGCUGAAUGUUAGACCUCAGAAUUAAGAGACCUUAAAGAUCAUUACUGGUAAACUAUUCUGUUGUGUUUUUUUUGGUACUGGAGAUCGAACUUGGGUCCUUGUGCUUGCGCAGCAGGUGGUGAAACCACUGAGCUAAAUCCCCGGCCCAGGGUAAACUAUUCUGAUUCAGUUCUGUUUUUUGGAGGUGCUGCAGUCAUUUUCCUGGUGUUUCAAAGGAACUAGGUGUUUGCUCUUUGAUUUCCAAUGACCUUUUGACAUGUUGUUUAUAACACUGUGGGUUGUUUGUUUUUGAGGUAAGAUGGUCGAGGAAAAAGACUGGGAGCUGUUCAAAGACCAGGAAUCUUAGAGAGAGACACACACACACACACACCAGGGGUGUGAUCGCUGUUUUGCACUAGCAUUUCCGAUACCUAUGAAAGGAAAUGACUGACUGGCCAGGUGUGGUGGAGCACACCUAUAAUUCCAGCAUUCUGGGAGGCUGAGGUGGGAAGAUUCGAAGUUCAAGCUCACCCUAGGAAAUUUAGCAAUUUAGCAAGAUCUGGUCUUAAAAUUUAGAAAGGAAGGGUGUGUGUGCGUGUGCGCGUGCGUGCGCUGUGGAUGUAGCUCUUUGUGAAGGUCAUGAGUUUAAUCCCUAAUACUUUAAAAAAAAGAAAAAGACUAAUGACCUUUAAGGACCAAUUCUAAUAUUCAGUAAUAUGUAGUAAAACUGUGCACAAGGUCUUGAUUUAGAGGAAGAUCUGGGUUUGAGUCCUUUUCCUUUGUUGUUUUCUUACCAGUUGUAGCUAUUGGCCAAGUCCAUUGGUGGCAAACCUGUGGCACACGUGCUGCUUGCAUCAUUGACAGCUCUGAAAGGUUCGCCAUCCCUGGCCUAGUCAUUCUCCUAUAGCUUCUGUCUGUAAAAUAGCAACACCACGGACACAGUUCACUGAAUGUGGUAAUGGAUAUUGGCACGCUUUGUACAUAGAAAAGGGCUAUGAAUUGCUUUACCAACAGUAAAGGUGUGUGAGCCUGUGCCAGCAGGUGCACAUCUGCUUCAGUGACAGAUUCAGUGCCAGCCUCCCUUUAGCGGAGCAGGUUUUUUCCCUGUCCUCUCCCAAGCCUGUUGUUUACUUAAUCAUCUCUUCUGUACUGGAUCUGUGAUCUUACCUCUCCUGACCUCCUGACAGCCACCUCCAUACCAGGAGUUUCUUCUCGUCUCUAAUUCCUAUAUUAAGUAUUUGAAUGAAUAAACAGAUAAAUGAAUGGUAAUGGUACUUAAAGGUACAGUCUCAUGUAAAAACAACCAAAAUAACAGUGACAUUUGCAAUUGUGUGUUUAUAUUGGGUUUUGUAUUAUGUAAUUAUUUUAAUAGCCUUUUUACUCAUAGUACUCAAAGCAACUUCAUGGGGUAGGGAAGGACAUAAUGUUUAGUCAGAGUUAAGCUCUAAGCCAUUUAUUAACCUAUCGGAUGCUCACAGGUACAUUUAUAAAUAGCCUGGGACCUAGGAAAUAAGUGUCAUUAGGCUAAACAAUUUUAUUUGUCAUGUAGGGUUUUGUUAUAUCAUCACACUUACAUAUAUCACCUUCUGAACCUGAGACUCAGAACUGGGCUGUAGGCCUAGUUGAUGGAGCACACCUGAUUCUGAAAUCAUUCUUCUGGCACUGGUCAGAUUUCACUUCCCUUAAGCCUAACCAUUUCUAAGUUUGUUUUAUCUGAACUAAACAUUGAGAACUCCUAAAUCCAACCUCUUGUUUAGAAAGUAACCUUAAAAUUAAAGUAAUACUCCUCUAGGUUUUUCCUCUUACUCAUGUUGCCUUUGCUUUUUUUUUUUGGUACUGGGUAUUGAACUCAGGACCUUGUGCUUACGAGGCAGGCGUCCAUACCACUGAGCUAAAUCCCUGGCCGUGUUGCCCUUCCUUUUUAAAGCACUUUCUUCCUGAUGCUCAAAGAAGAACUUUCUUUUGUUUUCUGAGGCAGGGUCUUGCUAUAUAAUUCAUGCUGGCAUGAAAUUCACAACAGUCCUGUCUCAGCCUCCCACGUGCUGAGAUUACAGGUGUGCACCACCAUGGGCAAAGCAAAAAGGUCAGUGCUCAGACAAGGAAGAAAGUUUUGUAAUCAGCUGAAUUGUUUGUCUUUACUUUUGUUUCUGUGUUUUAUUUUUGAGACAGGGUCUUGCUAUAUUGCCCAGGCUGGCUCAAGUGGUGCUUGUGCCUCAGCCUCCCAGAGUACUGGGAUUAUUGGCAUGUCCUGCCAUGCCCUCUUUAUGUUGCUUUUUUUUUAGACAAGAUCUCGCCUGGUCAUUCACUCACUUUAUAGCCUGGGCUGUAGCCUACAUUGGUCUCGAACUUGCAGUGAUCCUUCUGCCUCAGCCUCCCAAAUGGUGGGAUUACAGGUAUGUGCCACCAAACCCAACAUUUUUGAGAGAUGAAAAAUGAAAUAUCUCAAUCUGCCUCAGAUAUUAUUAGGGGAAAUGCAUUCUGUUUGAGUAUUUCUGCAGUGUUUAAUUUGCCUAUUAAAAAUGUCUUUCAUGGACUGUGAGUGUUGAGCUCAGUGGUACAGUACUUGCGGAUGGCCCCCAAAAAAUCUGUAUUAAAAAAGACCAGGAAAGGACAUUCAAGUAAAUGUAUAUACAGUAAAUACAAGAUGACUUUUUCUUGUAUUGUUGAUGCUUAUUUAAAUGGUAUUGGCUGAUUUAUGGGCCAGGGAUUUAGCUCAGUGGUUCUGCCACCUGCUUCACAAGCGCAAGGACCCAAGCUCAAUCCCUGGUACCAAAAAAAAAAAAAAAUGGUAUUGGCUGAUUUAUAUAAAGUAGCUAUGGUAAAUAAAAUCUGAAUGAAAGACACAGAAGGUGGCAUGUUUUUGAGAUCCUUUUAUUUUUUAAAGGACUGUUUUAAAAUUUUAAACUACAAAACAGACUUCAUACAUUCUGCCAUAAAUAAAAACAAACAAUAAGGCAGGACUCUACAUAAGCAAACUGAGAACUGUUUUUCAGAAAA